AUGUCAACCUUCAAUUGGCAACCAAAAAGACUCGAGCACCUUGGUGCUCUCAAAGUCUUGAUCGUUGGAGGCACAGGAGGCUUGGGACAGGCAAUCGGCCAAAAAUUAGCAGCGGGAGGUGCCAAUGUUACUGUUGUAGGUCAAACAUUCCGUGACAAGGAUAAUGCCAACAUCAGCUUUGUCAAGGCUGACUUGAGCAGCAUCAAAGACGCCCGUGAAACAGCCAGGAAAUUGGAUGUAUCCAACACUGACGUGGUGCUAUUCACAGCAGGUAUUUUUGCUGCUCCCCAAAGACAAGAGACAUCAGAGGGCUUGGAGAGAGAUCUUGCCGUGAGUUUCUUGAACAGAAAGGUGAUGAUUGAUGAAAUUGUCCCUCGUUUGAAGACUGAAAGAAACGAGUUUGGAUUCAUUCCUCGUGUCUUCAACAUGGCAUACCCAGGAGACAACAAGUUGGGCAACAUUGAUGACCUUAAUUCUGAGAAGAAGUAUAGCACUAUGAGUGCACAUCUUACCACUGUUGCCGGUAAUGAGGCCUUAGUUUAUGACAGCGUGUUGGAAUUUCCCAAGGUGCAUUUCUAUGGGUUGAAUCCUGGUAUUGUCAAGACCUCCAUCAGGAACAAUUUAUUGGGUGAAAACUCGUGGAAAUCAACCAUUGUUGAAGGCAUUUUGAGUUGGUUCACAAAAACCCCCGAGCAAUACGCCACUGGUAUUGCUCCCUUAUUGAUUGCUCCGGAGUUGGAGGAGCGUAACGGUAGCUGUUUUGACAAUAAGGGCAAGUUGCUUCAACGGUCGAAAGGAAUGACGGACGAGUACGCUAGGAAUUUCAUCAAAGCUGCUCAGGAUUUGCUUGCAAGGAAAGGGUUGAACUAG